GCGCUUUUUUCAAAACAAACUUUUUCUGACAUUUUCCAAUCGAUUUCAAGUAUUCACACUUAUUAGAAGUUCCCAGAGUAACAACAACUAGGAAAUGGAUAAUGACCAGUUAAAAAGACUUGCUGGAAGCUUGAGUAAGCUCCAAGAGUCAUCAGACAAAGAUAAGAUAAUAAGUCAGGAUGAAUUCAUGGCCUCAUGCUUAUAUUAUGUAAGCCAGUUUCAGAAAAUUGAUGCUGAACGCUAUGUGAGGUUAAAAGAAAUAUUUGAUUUCAAAACGCCUGUUGUAAUUGCGUGUAAGAACAGCACCUUCUGGCAGUCUUUGGACAAACCAACGGUGACAGAAAAUGGUUUUGAUUUCGUAAGUGUGAGGAAAAGAAACAGCAAUCGUAAAACAUCUUCCAACCCUGAUCAGAGCAGUAUAUGUGGGUCACCCCUGAAGCUGGAUGUUAUAGCUGAUUUGUCUGUAUUUGAGGAAGCAGAUGUGGAGAAUGCAAGCAUUAAAGUCAAAACAGUAGACUUUGGCCUGCUUUUACAACAAGUGAGAAAACUUAUCUCUCAUUAUUCAUUGCUUGCUAGCUCAAAGGACAGUAUAGACUCUGACAAGAAAGGCUUGCCAACUCUGCUAGCUUUGUGUGAUGGUCAGAAUGUUCGCAAUGUGUCUGCCAUGGGACUGACACCACUGGUAGACAAACAGAACAAUUUUCUUGGUGUGAAAAUUUCAGAUACAGUUUGUAAGCCAGCAGCUGCUAAGUCAGUCCACGUUAAACUUCACCCGUCAUUCUCGUCACCUGACAUCACCUGUAAAGCCAAGUAUGACAUUCACACAGUGUCAGAUGAUAAAGCAAAGCCAGACCAGCAGAGUUUCAUUCAACUGGAGCUGGAAUGGAAGAUCCUGUCCAGUCAGACGUUCAUGCUCCUCCAUGAGCCACACCUGCAGGCUAGAACAGUGGCCAAAAUACAGAACUACCUAGGAAACACUGAAAGUCCAAUGUUCUUUCUGUAUCAGGAGGUAGAGAUCUUGCGGUCGGUGAUUGAAGGAUUGGACACGUCAGAGGUCAACUGGCUCGGCACCCAGGAACAGCCAUUAUUGGAAGAUGUUAAAGAACUUGUAGAAAAGCUGAAGCUUGGCAGUGACCUUGUGGAAUGUAAGCUAGGGGAGACAACUUUUGUCAGUCUGGAUGAGACAGAGAUUGUUUCCCUUGAACAGAUAGAGGAGAGAAAGGACCUUGACUUCACCGACCAUCUGUGGAAGAUAUUACAAGCAUGCACAUCUUAUGUUGAAUUGGUGGACACUUUCAAAUAUGUUGUGGCUGAGCUACGCCGAGGAGACUUUCAGCCAUUCAUCAACAGUCACAACACGACCACAGUGGGCCAGAUGGUAAAGGACUCGUACAGGGGCCAGCUGCGCACACCGUUACUCACAGGGCUUAGCCCACUACUAUACCUUGCCGAGAUGGGUGUUCAGAAACUCUCAAGAGAUUACCUACAUGUGUUUCUCUCAAGACAUCUUGCAAACAUGGGAAUGCUCGAUUAUUUCCUUAAAGGCAACCUUGAGCUUGAGGAUAAGCUCAACCGGCUGACAAAGCUUCACCAUUCACUUGAGACUGUUGUUAUGCUGAAGAAAUAUCUCAAUCUUCCUCUUGAGUGUCUUGCAAAAUGUUGUCGAGAGAUGCUGAAAUACUAUGAGAGCCAUGCUGUAGAAAACUCGCACAGAUUUGCUUUCAGUGUUCCAACUACUGCUAUCAGCAAUGUUUUUGAAAAGUUCACACCGACAGAGUGGAGUGUGGAGGGAGUGAAGAUGGUCGGCAGGGAGCGAGAGCGACUGGUUUACCACUUCACAACGGAGCAACCUUGUGACUGGGUGAAGCUAGAGGGACCGACUGCCUCGUCAAAGGAUGGAGCAGAGGAUGAGGAGGAUGCAUUCUACUUUCUCACUAUCCUAACUGACAGUGUCAGCAUCCUUAGCUGAUUUAAUGCACUUCAGAGCUUAUACCUAACCAAAAUAUAAAAAAAAAAUGUACAAAUUAACAUUGUGCUUUUGAACCUGGCCUUUACAUUAAGUUUUUCUUUUUAUCUUGUCUGCUUUCCAAAGAAAAAUGCCAAGAAUUGACAAGGCCUUGGUAUUGUUGUUGGUGUUAGUGUAGCACCAUGUCUUGAAACAAUAAACAAUAGUAGCAUAAGACUUUAAAAUUAUAUUGACAAUAUGCAGCAAAUCUGAUCACUUGUCCGGUUAUUUCCCUUGUCAAACUGGGAAAACAGACAAGUCGGGGCAUCAGCUUGUUAUUAGUUAUACAUGUGUUUAAUACAAAGAUGCAAUUUUGAAUUUCACCGAUGGAAAUUUUAGCAAAUCAGUCACUGUAUCGAUGAUCUAAAUUAGCACAAGGCUGCAUGGCCAAAGCAAGCCAGAACUUGUCAGAGAAAUUGGGAUUUUGUCACUAAAUUAUAUAUUCAGACUGGUGGGUUAAAAUCUCAUUAAUAUAUGAACUUAUGAUAGAAGCUUGUUCCAGAAAGUCUUAAUUUUGAUGACUGUAAAUGUAUGCAAAACCUGUUGAGCUUUUCUUUAAGCUGAAGAAUAUAUUUCUCUGAACUGUUCUGCAUGCCAUGGGAGAUUUAAUUCUUUGUAUACUAUAUAUGUCAUGGUGUGGUGAUUGUUCUUAGCUCUAUCUAUUGCUAAAAGUUUCAACCUGUAUAUAAAUGUGUACAAGAUAUCUAUCAAAAUAAAUGAUAUUCAUAAAAAAAGUAAAAAUGAAAAUAUAUGUAUAACCUGUAUAAAAGUUGUGAUAAAAUAUCCAGUACUAUCAAUUGCUAUUCCUCAUUUACAGUUGAUAAGUUAUUUAAAGUAAAAUGCACUUAAAUUAUAUUUUAAAUCUAAAUCGUUUGUGCUGUUGUUGUUUUUCAUCUCAAUCUGCUUGUUGUACAUUAUUUAUGGUUAUGCUGUUUUUUUCCGUAUUCUGACCAAUGUUAACAAUACGAUAGUUCAUUUGAUGAAAUAAUUAUUUAUAGCAAUGUCAAAGCAGUAAUGGCAGGAAUGAUUCUUUUUCUUCUUAAAAUGAUAUAUCUGUAUUAAUAGAACUAAACAAUGUAUAUAUAUAUAUCAGAAAAUAUAGUGAAGACAGGCAGUAAUUUGUGCAUGUAUAUAUGAAUUUACAUGUG